CUGAACUCUACAUGCAGUUUGAAGGCCUUUCGUAUGGAUUUCGUAAGAUGACAUGUAUUAAUUGAUCGCCCUAAUGACAUCAAGUUUUGUCAGCUUUUUCUGGUGAACCUUCGCUCCUUUUCAUGUCGCGCCUCUCGAUAUCAACAACCCACAGCCUUUCACGAUGCUGGGGACGUUGCGUCGCAGUUCAGUCAUAUCUGCGAUUGGUAUCUGUGUUCUAGUAACGGUCUGGCUCAGCUCGGGGCGAUUACAGAACACCUCGUUUGGUUCCUCGAUUGUGUCCACCAUCUCUCAACACACGACUCCAACCACAUCUACAGCCUCAACGGCGGCGAUAGUCAAGAAUAGCCAUCUCCCUGCUCCAGUCUCGCUAUAUUUUAACCAAGUUUUCUCCCCUGACGACGCGAACCCUCAUGAUUUCCCUGCUCUCCGAAAAGCAUGUGAUCGCGCCACAUGGCACGAGGAUGUCUACCUGCAAUGUGGCGGAAUGUUCGCGGGCAUGACUUCUAUCAUGUCAGAAGUGAAGGUCUGCUUCAAAAUGGCGGUUGAAGCUGGAACGGGGCUCAUUUUACCAACGAUACCGAUAAGAGACAACACCAACUUGCUAGAAUUCAACAACAAUGACGACGAAACUGGCGAUGCAUAUAUGCCAUACGACCAAUGGUUCGACACGAAGCACCUGGUAGAGACGCUGGGCAGAGCAUGUCCGAAGAUGAAGAUCAUUCAUCCAGACCAACUAAAGCCGGACCACGCGAACAAAGUGGCCGUGAAGAACCACUGGGAGAUCGACGUGUCGAAGGCUCCCGGCUAUCAUUUCACCGUUAGCCAUUUCUGGACCGGCAACCCGUUCAGAAAGUUCUUCGACGAUCAGUUGGCCAAACUAGAGAAGGACUCCAGCACCACGGGAACCGGAAUCAGCGUCAUCAAGAUCGCUUCCCUUUUCCUGCUCUACAACAUCACAAAUGACCCUACAGGCGGGGAUCUCAAACUCUGGAAUGAACUAGCAAUGCUCAUCCGGUUCCUCGAGAAGCCAAGACAAAUCGUCAAUCAAUUACUCACACAUAUCAACCGUCCUUAUUACGGGGUGCAUUUUAGAGCAGAGAACGACAGCAUCUGGAAUUCCGCCGAGGAUCAAAUGCACAACGAUCUCGACGUGCUCGACAAGGCCUGGGCCAAGUAUGGGAAAGGCAGCGCUUCCGGCAUCAACUCCCAGAAACCGCUCGUCUACCUCGCAUGCGGAGACGAAAAGCAGGUAGAAAUGUUUGCUGAGGUGGGGAAAACACGUGGUUGGGAAGUGACGCAUAAAUGGGAGCUCGCUCAGAAGAGCGCGAACCCCACGACGCUGGAAAUGAUUAAUGCGCUGCCGUUUGAUUUUCAAGGGGCGGUGGAUAUGGGCAUGAUGGUGCAGAGCUACUUUUUCAUUGGGAUUAGUGGAAGUGCAUUCUCAAAUACAGUGGCCCAUGCGAGGGAUCCAAUUGGACGCUAUAGAUGGAGUUCACUGGAGGAGGAAGAUGAUGGAGGGGCGAGGACUCACAUUGUCAGCGACGGGGUUCAGAGUUCUUAUCCUUGCUGUUUGUAGGUUAGUAUAACAGAAACGAACAUUAAUAUCACUUUGAGAAUGAGGUCAAGGGUCGAGCUUGGCUUGUUUCAACUUCGACAUUCGCUUGUAGUUGCGCAAGUGCCAGAGUUAUGAAUUUCACUUCCGUAUUCGGUACGGAACCUCAAUCUCCGCACCCAACGUCGAGAUCCUCACAUCUAUUAUCCGAAGC